AUGACUAUCAAAUCUUUCUUCUUACUUGGAGAGGAUCCUUCCACAGCACAAGGGAUCGAAGUCGACUUUACCCACGACAUUGAUACUCUCAAGGAGGAUGUUGGACAGUAUUUCGGAGUAGCUGUUCCUGCUGGCAUUGCAUUCCAGUCAGGAGAGACACAAUUAGAAGACCUCGCCGACGUUGAAGAAGCCAAGUCACCCAUCGCCCUCACAGUAGAUGGCCAUGCUGUCAGAGAAGUACCCGGUCCAAAAGGACUGCCCAUCGCUGGAUCGUACUUUGAAGUCUACCCCGACCAUCUCGGUAAUCAUCAAAGAUUGUUCGAACAAUAUGGCUCCAUUUUCCAGACCACAGAUAUGGGAAGAACAACAUAUUACACAAAUUCGCCUGAAAUUGCAUCCAUCUGCUUUGCCGAAGGAGAUUACUGGGCCAAGAUAAUCAACAAAGAUCACCCCCUCUACCAAAUCAAGGAGCCCAUGGCUGGUGUUUUCCUGUCGGACUCUAACACUGAGGCUUGGAGUGUAGUGCACAAGUACCUGGCACCUGCUUUAUCGCCCAAAGCAGUACGUCACUACACACCACAAAUGCAAGAGACUGCAGAACUUUCCUUCAAGGUGUUCGACGAGCUUGAUGAAAAGGAGGAAGCAUGGAAUGUCUACCAAUACAUGUUCAAGAUGGGCUCAACUGCUAUCGGCAAGCUGGCAUUGGGCAUUGAUCUCCACCAUUUCGAUAGCGUUGAUGCUCCCCUCCACGAAUUGGUCGUCAAGGUUGGUGUCAAUCUGGAGCUGAACAAGAAGAUUUCAACACGAGGAGACUGGUACAGCCAUCUACCAUUCGGUGAGCCUAAGCAGCUCAAGGAUACUAAGAAUAGACUCGGACAGCUCAUCGGCGAGGCCAUGGAGAACGCAAAGAAGGACGGCGCAGAAGACCUACCCAUCGCCGAAGCCGCACUCAAAGCCGAUUGCAUUGCCGAUUACCUAGCCCGAGCCAUCGACCCAGACGGUAACAAAAUGCCCGAAAAAUACAGAACUCCCGCCACCCUCGUCGCCGUCGGUGCCGGUUUCGUUACCACAGCUUCAUUGCUUUCAUGGCUCGUUUUCGGCCUAGUCCAAUACCCCGGAAACCAAGGGCGACUUCUCCAAGAACUCAUCGACUACGGCGUCCACGAUAGAACAACCUGGACACCCGAUCUCGCCAAUGCUUUGCCUUUCCUAGACAAUUACAUCAAGGAAACACAACGUUUGCAUAACCCAUCUUAUCAACCCGGCCGCACAGCACUCAGCGAUACCAUCCUCCCCGGUGGCUACAAAGUACCCAAAGAUUCAGUGAUGAUCGUCGCAAUCCACCAUAUCCACAACAACCCCUCCGUCUGGGAUGACCCCCAUAAAUUCAACCCCGACCGCUGGUCCUCGGAUGCAGCAAAAAACAGACCCAAGGGCUCUUAUGUACCCUUUGCAGCGGGUCCUAGAAUGUGCAUCGGUUUCAACUUUGCUCUCCAGGAAGUCAGAGUGGUGUUGAGUGAAUUGAUCUACCGCUAUGAGUUUACGAAAGCAUCAGAAGAGGAGGUGGAAUAUGAUCCUAGUUUCCAACUGAUCAGGCCGAUGAAUUUGUUCGUUAGAGCGAAGAGAAGGACCACUUGGCCGGAGAAGAAGGAGGAUAAGAAGGUGGAAGCUUGA